AUUUGACUGGAGAACAUGUGGAUGGUAUCUACUGCGUACCACAGCGCUGACCAGCUACGUAAUGCGUGUACCACCCCGUUACGUACAAUACAUUUUUCAUACGAGAUAUGGUUUUCCCAUAGUAUAUGCCUAAGCGACACACUCUCUAUCGAUUGCUUCACGCUGUUGUGCCGCUGUUCUUUACUAUCGGAUGAGCUAACUUUAGCGUUAAUGUUGUCAACAUGGGUAUUGGGAGUGGUUGCAGUGUGAUCUUUUUAACAGUUC